AUGUUCUUGGAGAAGUAUUUCCCUGAGAGUGUGAGACAUGCCAAGGAAGCUGAGUUCAUGCGCUUACAUCAAGGAGGGAUGACCGUUUCGGAAUAUGCGAUGAAAUUCGAGCACCUAGCUCGUUUUUAUUCGCAAGGCAUCGCCGAGGCUUGGAAGUGUCGGAAGUUUGCGGAGGGAUUGAAAUAUGAUCUGAGGAGAGUGGUGGUGCCUAUGGCCAUCACUGAAUUUCCAGCCUUGGUGGAGAAGGCAAAGGUGGUUGAGCGGUUGGAAGGUGGUAAUCGCGGGGUGAAGAUUUCUGAGGGGCCAUCCAGGCAACCUGCUGGUGCUGCUGCUGGUGGAGGACAGGGUGGAAGUGCUUCCCUGAGAUGUUACAAGUGUGGUGGGUCCCAUAUGAUCAGGGAUUGUCCCCACACAGAGAAUCGGUGUUUCAGAUGCCAACAGAUGGGCCAUGUAUCAUUCAACUGCCCUGCCAGGGCCAGACCAGAGAGGAGUGCUCAGAGGAGUGAUGCUAAGAGGGGAGAUGCUCAGAGGGGCGGCAGACCCACCACAGCUGGUAAGGUCUUUGCUUUGACUGGUGCUGAGGCUUCGACUUCUUCGGAUCUGGUGAAGGGAAAGGGCAGAGCUGCUGGUAAGGAUGUGGUAUUUUUGUUUGAUUCUGGAGCUUCCCACUCUUUUAUCUCUUAUGCUUGUGUUGCUAUGCUGGAUGUACCUGUGUGUGACAAUUUUGACAAUAUUGAGCGAAAGACUUACUUCAACAGACACAUCAAUGCAAUAGCCCAACCAUAG